GACUGUUCCUCCGCUGGAAGUUUACCUCCGCCGCCAUUGCAGGUCCGGGGUGUCAGCGCAGCGGCAGGCGGCAGUCAGCAGCUCGGGCGAGCCCGCAACUAACCCAGUUAGAGGACGCGAGUACGGGUCACGUUUCAGAACCGGACGUGUAGUGUCGUUUGGCUGCGCUUCAAACUAGCCGCUCCUUGGGCUGUCCGGCCAGGGUCCGAGAAACGUUCGCUAGCCUUUAGAGGGAAUAAGGAGGAGAGUCGAGCGGCACCGCCAUGGCUCAGGUCCUGCCUAUCCGCUUCCAGGAGCACCUGCAGCUCCAAAACUUGGGGAUCAAUCCAGCCAACAUAGGCUUUAGCACCCUGACCAUGGAGUCGGACAAGUUCAUCUGUAUCCGGGAGAAAGUGGGUGAACAGGCCCAGGUGGUAAUCAUCGAUAUGGCUGACCCCAAUACCCCCAUCCGCAGGCCCAUCUCAGCUGACAGCGCCAUCAUGAACCCUGCCAGCAAGGUCAUUGCACUCAAAGCUGCCAAAACCCUUCAGAUCUUCAACAUUGAGAUGAAGAGUAAAAUGAAGGCACACACUAUGACGGACGACGUCACUUUCUGGAAAUGGAUUUCGCUCAACACAGUGGCACUUGUGACUGACAAUGCUGUUUACCAUUGGAGUAUGGAGGGCGACUCGCAGCCCGUCAAAGUCUUUGAUCGUCACUCGAGCCUGGCGGGCUGCCAGAUCAUCAACUACCGCACGGAUGCUAAGCAGAAGUGGCUCCUGCUUAUUGGCAUCUCAGCCCAACAAAAUCGUGUUGUAGGAGCCAUGCAACUGUACUCUGUAGACCGGAAGGUGUCUCAGCCUAUCGAGGGCCACGCUGCCAGCUUCGCCCAGUUCAAGAUGGAGGGGAAUACAGAAGAGUCCACCCUGUUCUGCUUCGCUGUCAGAAGUCAGGCUGGGGGAAAGUUGCACAUCAUUGAAGUCGGGACCCCGCCAACUGGCAAUCAGCCGUUUCCAAAGAAAGCGGUUGAUGUUUUCUUCCCUCCAGAGGCACAGAAUGAUUUCCCUGUGGCCAUGCAGAUAAGCUCCAAACAGGAUGUCGUUUUCCUAAUCACCAAAUAUGGCUACAUCCACCUGUAUGACCUGGAGACAGGCACCUGCAUCUACAUGAACCGGAUCAGUGGGGAAACCAUCUUUGUCACCGCCCCGCACGAGGCCACCUCGGGCAUCAUUGGGGUCAACAGGAAGGGACAGGUGCUGUCUGUCUGUGUAGAGGAGGAGAACAUCAUCCCAUACAUCACCAAUGUGCUGCAGAACCCAGAUUUAGCCCUGCGCAUAGCCGUCCGCAACAAUCUGGCCGGGGCUGAGGAGCUUUUUGCCCGCAAGUUUAACAACCUGUUUGCAGGGGGCAACUACUCGGAGGCUGCCAAGGUGGCUGCUAAUGCACCAAAGGGUAUCCUGCGUACCCCAGACACCAUUCGUCGUUUCCAGAGCGUGCCAGCUCAGCCGGGCCAGACUUCCCCCCUGCUCCAGUACUUUGGCAUCCUGCUGGACCAGGGUCAGCUCAACAAGUUUGAGUCCCUGGAGCUGUGCAGGCCUGUGCUCCAGCAGGGACGCAAGCAGCUUCUGGAGAAGUGGCUCAAAGAGGACAAGCUGGAGUGUUCUGAGGAGCUGGGUGACUUGGUGAAGGCAGUGGACCCCACCUUGGCACUCAGUGUAUACCUAAGGGCUAACGUCCCCAACAAAGUCAUCCAGUGCUUUGCAGAGACUGGCCAGUUCCCCAAGAUUGUCCUUUAUGCCAAGAAGGUGGGCUAUACUCCAGAUUGGAUCUUUCUCCUGAGGAAUGUGAUGCGGAUCAACCCAGAACAGGGCUUGCAGUUCGCUCAGAUGCUGGUCCAAGAUGAAGAGCCCCUUGCUGAUAUCACACAGAUUGUGGAUGUCUUCAUGGAGUACAACCUCAUCCAGCAAUGUACCUCCUUCCUUCUCGAUGCCCUGAAGAACAACAGACCUUCAGAAGGACCCCUGCAGACUCGCCUGCUGGAGAUGAACCUCAUGCAUGCCCCGCAGGUCGCUGAUGCCAUCCUGGGCAACCAGAUGUUCACCAACUACGACCGUGCUCACAUCGCCCAGCUGUGUGAGAAGGCUGGCCUCUUGCAGAGGGCUCUUGAGCACUACACUGACCUGUAUGACAUCAAGCGUGCUGUGGUGCACACGCACUUGCUCAACCCUGAGUGGCUGGUGAACUUCUUUGGCUCCCUAUCAGUGGAGGACUCUCUGGAGUGUCUCAGAGCCAUGCUGUCAGCUAACAUUCGCCAGAACCUGCAGAUCUGUGUCCAGGUGGCCUCCAAGUACCACGAGCAGCUUUCCACUCAGUCCCUCACAGAACUCUUUGAGUCCUUCAAGAGCUUUGAGGGUCUGUUCUACUUCCUGGGUUCCAUUGUGAACUUCAGCCAGGAUCCUGAGGUCCAUUUCAAAUACAUCCAGGCCGCCUGCAAGACAGGCCAGAUCAAAGAGGUGGAGCGAAUUUGUCGAGAGAGCAACUGCUACGAUCCAGAGCGAGUGAAGAACUUCCUCAAGGAGGCCAAACUCACCGACCAGUUGCCGCUCAUUAUUGUCUGUGACCGCUUCGACUUCGUCCAUGACCUGGUCCUCUACUUGUACCGCAACAAUCUGCAGAAGUACAUCGAGAUCUAUGUUCAGAAAGUGAACCCCAGCCGUCUGCCUGUAGUGAUCGGGGGUCUGUUGGACGUCGACUGCUCCGAGGAUGUGAUCAAGAGUCUAAUCCUGGUGGUAAGGGGGCAGUUCUCCACUGACGAACUGGUGGCUGAGGUGGAGAAGAGGAACAGGCUGAAGCUACUGCUGCCGUGGUUGGAGGCCCGGAUCCAUGAAGGCUGUGAGGAGCCUGCCACCCACAACGCCCUGGCCAAGAUCUACAUCGAUAGCAACAAUAACCCUGAGCGCUUCCUGAGGGAGAACCCCUACUACGACAGCCGUGUGGUGGGCAAGUACUGCGAGAAGAGAGACCCUCAUCUGGCCUGUGUGUCCUAUGAGAGAGGACAGUGUGACCAGGAGCUCAUCAAUGUCUGCAAUGAGAACUCCUUGUUCAAGAGCCUGUCUCGCUACCUGGUGCGCCGCAAGGACCCUGAGCUGUGGGCCAGCGUGCUCCUUGAGAGCAACCCUUACAGAAGACCGCUCAUCGACCAGGUAGUGCAAACCGCCCUGUCAGAGACCCAGGACCCCGAGGAGGUGUCGGUCACAGUCAAGGCCUUCAUGACAGCCGACCUGCCCAAUGAGCUCAUUGAGCUGCUGGAGAAGAUUGUGCUGGACAACUCCGUCUUCAGCGAACACAGAAAUCUCCAGAACCUGCUCAUCCUGACAGCCAUCAAAGCAGACCGUACCCGUGUGAUGGAGUACAUCAACAGGCUAGAUAAUUAUGAUGCCCCUGACAUUGCUAACAUUGCCAUCAGCAACGAGCUCUUUGAGGAGGCCUUUGCCAUCUUCAAGAAGUUUGACGUCAACACUUCUGCUGUACAGGUGCUAAUUGAGCAUAUUGGUAACCUGGACCGGGCCUAUGAGUUUGCAGAGCGCUGCAAUGAGCCGGCUGUGUGGAGCCAGUUGGCUAAGGCUCAGCUGCAGAAGGGCCUUGUUAAGGAGGCCAUUGACUCCUACAUCAAGGCUGAUGACCCCUCUUCCUACAUGGAGGUGGUACAGGCUGCCGACCAGAGUGGUAACUGGGAGGACUUGGUGAAAUUCCUGCAGAUGGCUCGUAAGAAGGCUCGGGAGUCCUACGUGGAAACGGAACUGAUCUUUGCCCUGGCUAAGACCAACCGCCUGGCAGAGCUCGAAGAGUUCAUCAACGGACCUAACAACGCCCACAUUCAACAGGUUGGGGACCGCUGCUACGAUGAGAAAAUGUAUGAGGCAGCCAAGUUACUGUACAACAAUGUUUCCAACUUUGGCCGCCUGGCCUCCACCCUCGUGCACCUGGGGGAGUACCAGGCAGCCGUGGAUGGAGCCCGCAAGGCCAACAGCACCCGCACCUGGAAGGAGGUGUGCUUUGCCUGUGUGGAUGGAAAGGAGUUUCGGCUCGCCCAGAUGUGUGGCCUCCACAUUGUGGUGCACGCUGAUGAGCUGGAGGAGCUCAUUAACUACUACCAGGAUAGGGGUUACUUUGAGGAGUUGAUCACCAUGCUGGAGGCAGCCUUGGGCCUGGAGCGUGCUCACAUGGGCAUGUUCACAGAGCUGGCCAUCCUGUACUCUAAGUUCAAGCCCCAGAAGAUGAGGGAGCACCUGGAGCUUUUCUGGUCCAGAGUCAACAUUCCAAAGGUGCUGAGGGCGGCUGAGCAGGCCCACCUGUGGGCCGAGCUGGUCUUCUUAUAUGACAAGUACGAGGAGUUUGAUAACGCCAUCAUCACCAUGAUGAACCAUCCCACAGAUGCCUGGAAAGAGGGACAGUUUAAAGACAUCAUCACCAAGGUGGCCAAUGUGGAAUUGUACUACAAAGCCAUCCAGUUUUAUUUGGAUUUCAAACCCUUGCUACUGAAUGAUUUGCUCAUAGUCCUUUCUCCCAGGCUGGAUCACUCCCGUGCUGUCAACUUCUUCACCAAGGUUAAACAGCUGCCCCUGGUCAAGCCCUACCUGCGGUCAGUACAGAACCACAACAACAAGUCAGUCAAUGAAGCGCUUAACAAUCUCUUUAUCACAGAGGAGGACUAUCAGGCACUGAGGACAUCGAUAGAUGCCUAUGACAACUUUGACAACAUCUCACUGGCGCAACGUUUGGAAAAGCACGAGCUCAUUGAGUUCAGGAGAAUUGCUGCCUACCUCUUCAAGGGCAACAACCGCUGGAAGCAGAGUGUGGAGCUCUGCAAAAAGGACAAGCUCUACAAGGAUGCCAUGCAGUAUGCGUCAGAGUCCAAAGACACAGAGCUGGCAGAGGAGUUGCUGUCCUGGUUCCUGCAGGAGGACAAGAAAGAGUGCUUUGCUGCCUGCCUGUUCUCCUGCUAUGACCUGCUGCGGCCUGAUGUGGUGCUGGAGACCGCCUGGAGGCACAACAUCAUGGACUUCUCCAUGCCAUACUUCAUCCAAGUUAUGAGGGAGUACCUCAGCAAGGUGGACAACUUGGAAACUUCCGAAUCCCUGAGGAAAGAGGAGGAGCAGGCAACGGAGACCCAACCCAUCGUCUACGGCACACCCCAGCUGAUGCUGACAGCGGGUCCAAGUGUGCCCGUGGCCCCUCAGCAAGCCUACGGCUACGGUUACCAGGCGCCCGCGGCGUACGGUCAGCCAGCAGCACAGCCCGGCUUCGGCUACGGCAUGUAGACCCCCCCCCUGUACCGGCUGGAGCCAUCCACCUUGUGUCCCCCACAGUCCUUCACCAGCCUGUUGUUGUCUUUUAUUCCACCACGGGAGAUAAAACCAACAAGCAGUUUUCUAGUUUUUGUUUGUUUCUUUCUUUUUUUUUUUGCUUUGUUUUUCUUUGAAACUGUCAUGAAGGACUCCAUUAUAUUUCUAUUGUCAAAAUAAAACGAUUGAAUCACGAGGAUUAAUUUUUCACAUUCCGUAUCCACUAAUGUUUUUCUGUUUUUUUUCGGUCUAUUUUAUUUGAGCGGGAAAUGGUUUAUGUACAAAGUGGGGGGGGGGGGUGGAGGUCUUGUGAGGAGCGCAAACCUGGGUUUUAAAGGUCUGUUGUGAAGCGUCUGAUUUGCACUCUGUAGUGGGAAGAAAGUCAUGUAGAAUCUCCUCAUUUUGAUGUGUGUGUGAGCAGCUUGUUCUGUCCGUCUGUAAAAUGCAUUUAAUUAUUGUAUAUUCAGAAGAAAAAAAGAGAAAUGCUACGGCGUUACGCUAUAUUUGAACAUGAGACUGCCGCCUUGGUGACCACAAACUAGAAACACUAUGCCAUACAGGACAUGUCCCCCCGCACGCCGUGUGAAAAGAAACCCCCCCAAGUUACCGUGAACACAAGUCCAUUUCAGAAAAGCUCGGGCUCUUAGUUUAGCGCUGUCCAGCCUACACGCAGGGUGUUCGGUCCGGUUCGGUCAAGUUCGGGUCAUUCUCGUGUCCUGCCUUCAUGCUUUUUAAAAGUGCUUGUAUGGGACCAUUCCACGUGACGGGUUGGCCGAGGAUGCCGGGCCUUGUGUUUUGUUCUGUGUUCUGUGGACUCGACCUGUCCCGCGCCCGCCUCUCGGUGCCGGUCGUCGUCGUGCAGUUGUAGGUCACUGUUGUUGUGCGGACAGGAGAGAUCCCCCCCGAAGUCCUGCUUGUUUCCUUCCCCCCGUUUUCAGUUGACCCUCUCCAGUCGAACUCAGAAGACUCACAGGACUGUGGACCUUUUUUUUUUUUUUUUUACAUCAGAGGCUUGCGUGUAUACAGGAAUUAAUCAUUAACUCCCUGACAUUAUAUCCGCAAAUAAGUUACUUUAGAUUGAAGUGUGCACUUGGAACCUGUUGAUUGUGCGUAAUCAGAAUCCUAAUGAAUGAAACUGCGGUUUUCUUUUUCACUUAAAUAAAAGGCUUCGUUUGUCAAGA